CCAAGAUGUGGCUUCUCCCGCUGGUCCUGACCUCCCUCGCCUCUUCUGCAACUUGGGCAGGGCAGCCAGCCUCGCCGCCUGUUGUGGACACUGCCCAGGGCCGAGUCCUGGGGAAGUACGUCAGCUUAGAAGGCCUGGCACAGCCGGUGGCCGUCUUCCUGGGAGUCCCUUUUGCCAAGCCCCCUCUCGGAUCCUUGAGGUUUGCUCCGCCGCAGCCUGCAGAACCAUGGAGCUUCGUGAAGAACACCACCUCCUACCCUCCCAUGUGCUGCCAGGACCCAGUAGUGGAGCAGAUGACCUCAGAUCUAUUUACCAACGGAAAGGAGAGGCUCACUCUGGAGUUUUCUGAAGACUGUCUCUACCUAAAUAUUUACACCCCUGCUGACCUGACAAAGAGGGGCAGACUGCCGGUGAUGGUGUGGAUCCACGGAGGAGGCCUGGUGUUGGGCGGGGCACCAAUGUAUGAUGGGGUGGUGCUUGCUGCGCAUGAAAACGUGGUGGUGGUGGCCAUCCAGUACCGCCUGGGCAUCUGGGGAUUCUUCAGCACAGGGGAUGAACACAGCCGGGGCAACUGGGGUCACUUGGACCAGGUGGCCGCACUGCACUGGGUCCAGGAGAACAUCGCCAACUUUGGAGGCGACCCAGGCUCUGUGACCAUCUUUGGAGAGUCAGCAGGAGGGGAAAGUGUCUCUGUUCUGGUGUUGUCUCCCUUGGCCAAGAACCUCUUCCACCGGGCCAUCUCUGAGAGUGGCGUGGCCCUCACUGUUGCCCUGGUCAGGAAGGACAUGAAGGCUGCAGCUAAGCAAAUUGCUGUCCUUGCUGGGUGUAAAACCACCACCUCGGCUGUCUUUGUUCACUGCCUGCGCCAGAAGUCGGAGGACGAGCUCUUGGACUUAACGCUGAAGAUGAAAUUUUUAACUCUUGAUUUUCAUGGAGACCAAAGAGAGAGCCAUCCCUUCCUGCCCACUGUGGUGGAUGGAGUGCUGCUGCCCAAGAUGCCUGAAGAGAUUCUGGCUGAGAAGGAUUUCAACACUGUCCCCUACAUCGUGGGAAUCAACAAGCAAGAGUUUGGCUGGCUUCUGCCAACGAUGAUGGGCUUCCCCCUCUCUGAAGGCAAGCUGGACCAGAAGACGGCCACGUCACUCCUGUGGAAGUCCUACCCCAUCGCUAACAUCCCUGAGGAACUGACUCCAGUGGCCACUGACAAGUAUUUGGGGGGGACAGACGACCCCGUCAAAAAGAAAGACCUGUUCCUGGACUUGAUGGGGGAUGUGGUGUUUGGUGUCCCAUCUGUGACGGUGGCCCGUCAACACAGAGGUG